AUGGCAUUUUUCGAACUAUUAAAACUUUUGGUAUACGAAAUUCCAGCACGAGUUGUUUGGGCAGCACUUGGCAAAAAUGCAGAUCUUCCAUGCGAUUUAACCCCUCCAAAUUCUCAAGAUGCUGUAAAACUGCUGCUAUGGUUCAAGGACACAACAGGCAUUCCUUUAUACAGUCUGGACUCCAGAAAAGGAAAUAUCAAAUUAGCAACACAUUCAGCAAUAGCUAACGAUUUAGGUCAAAGGUUGUUUUUUACAAUACCGGACAGCCCAAAAGAUGCACGUCUUCAAAUACGUGAUGUUAAGCCAAUCGAUGGCGGUGUAUAUCGAUGUAGGGUAGAUUUUUUUAAUUCACCGACACGAAAUUUUAGAAUUAAUUUAACUUUAGUAGUUCCCCCCGAGGAACCCCGAAUAUUCGAUUCACAGGGUAAAGAAAUAUCACAAAUAGCAGGUCCAUUUAGAGAAGGUUAUGAACUUUUUCUCUCAUGUGAAGUUAGUGGAGGACGACCUCGUCCAAAGGUAACGUGGUGGCGUGAUGAUGUUGAAAUAGCUGGUAGUAGUCAACCUUCAGCUGAUGAAGUAUCAUCAGCAGUAGUAAAUCAAUUGUUCAUUGGAACAAUAACUAGGGAAUAUUAUGGUUCAAAAUUACAGUGUAGAGCUCAAGGAUCAAAAUUAAUAGAGCCAGUUGUUAAAGAAGUUACAAUACAAGUUCACUUAAAACCAUUAACAGUUAAAAUAGUGACACCAAAUGAUCUAUUAACAGCUGGCCAUCCAGUGCCUUUAAGAUGUGAGUCAUGGGGCUCGUAUCCAGCAGCUAAAAUUACAUGGUUGUUAGAUGGUGAUCCAAUACGUAAUGCUGAUGUUACAGUCCAUAAUGAUAAAGAAGAUUCAAAUAUAACAACUAGUAUCCUGACACUGAGGGUGACAUCAGAUAAUAAUAAUGCUGAGCUCACGUGUAGAGCAUCAAAUCCUUGGUUUUCAGGUGGAUCCAUUGAGGAUAAAAGAAUAAUCAGUGUAGCAUAUCCACCAACAGUUUCGGUGCAUUUGGCUAAUGAAGAUCGUAGUCGUGUUGUGAUAAGAGCUGAAGGAGAAAAUGUAACUCUUAAGUGUAGAGCAAAUGCUAGACCACCCGUAGCGUCUUAUUCAUGGUUUAAAAAUAAUAUGCGGAUGUCUGGUGAAAAUACUGAAACAUUAUAUUUAACAUCAUUGGUACGAGAAAGUGCUGGAUCAUAUGCCUGUGGUGCCAGUAAUACUGAGGGUGAAACACAAAGCUCUAGUAUAAUAUUAAAAGUGCAAUAUUCACCUCGUUGUAAACCUGGAACUGAGCAAACAACUGUUGGUGCUAUUAAUUCACAAAUUUUAGUGAAAUGUGAAGUUGAUGCUGAUCCAGCCGAUUCUGUUAAAUUCAGUUGGACAUAUAAUAAUACUAGAAAUGUUUCUCCAGUUUUGAACUCUCGUACUCAAUCACAUGGACUUGUCAGCACAAUGCAAUAUCAACCACAAACUGAUUCUGAACUGAUUACUUUAGCAUGCUGGGCAAGUAAUGCUGUUGGACGACAAACAACACCAUGUCUAAUUCAUAUAUUGCCUGGAAAAAUCCCCGAAUCUCCGAAAUUUUGUGAGCUUAGAAAUGAAACAAGUCUUGAAGUUGUUUGCAUUGCCGGAUCAGAUGGUGGCCUAUCACAACAUUUCUUAUUAGAAGUAGUUGGUGGAAAUCCAGUUGAUUUUAAUGAAGUUGAUAGUGAAGUUUCAACAAUGAAUGAUCAAGCUACAUUAGCUCCACUUUAUCGACUUGAAGAAGCACAACCGCUAUUUCGAUUGAAUAAUUUAGAGCCGGGACGUGAAUAUCAAUUAAUGGUUUAUGCUGUCAAUGCCAAAGGAAGAAGUGAACCACCUGUUGUUUUAGAUAGAAUACGUAUAGGACCACAACUUUUAGGACCAUAUGAUGAAACAAUUUUAUCAGAAGAUCCAACUCCAGCUGAAACAACCCAUCAACGGAAUGAUAAACAAUCAACACUAGUUAUAAUGGCUGCUGUUAUGGCUGGUGGUGCUAUAAUAGUGACGUCAAUUAUUGUUACAGGAAUUGUUGUUGCCUGUAGGUAUCGACCAAGACCACCUGAACCGCAAGAUGUUCGAAAACGAAUGAGACCUGCACGAACUGAUGUUCCAUCAAUGUAUAUAGAAGAGGAUGGUUUCAAUGAAGAAGAAAUGGUUCAACGUCCAGCUGAUAUAAGACAAAGUCAUACAACAGCAGUUCAAGGUCCACGUAGUAGUCGUUAUGUUUCAGAAGGAUUUGUACAAUAUUCUCAGCCCAGUUUAAAUGUUAUAAAUAUAAGAAAUUUUUUGUACGUAAGUAAAACUUAAGUAAAAUUUAGAACAUAAUUUAAUAAUUAUAAAAAAAAAAUAACAUAAUUGAAAAUUUACAUAAGCAAAAAAAAAAAAAAAAUAAAUAAAAAAUUAAUAAAAUUUAAAUCAAUUUUUGAAAUAGAAAUUAAAACUUCAAAUCCAAAAGCAAGAAAAGAAAGAAAUCAAAAAAUUAAAAGAAUAAACGUGAAAAAUUAGUUCUAAAAAAUUCUCUAAUGAAUCCUCUAAGAAAACAUUACACACACACAUAGAAACAAAUUUGUAAAUUAUUACAGUAUUAAAAUUAUAUACAUAAAUAUAAAAGAAA